CUAUCAACACGUUAACAACUGAGGCACCGGCGACAGCCUAUCGGUGACGACAAAAGUGGUAAGCGCCACCACCUAAUAGACCGCACGUGGCUCUCGUGGGAAAUCGACGCCGAUUGUGGUCCCCGUCGGGUACUGUGAAAAUGGCCAAUUGGGUGAUUACAUCGUUGUUUGCAAAAGUCACGUGCAGCUCCAAUCAACAGUAAACAUCGUCUAUUGAACGACACGUGCAAUCAUGUGAAAAUAUCCGUACGGAAUUUUCAAUUUGAAAUAAACCAACUUCUAGUCAUCAAUUGUGAUAAGCUUAAAUUAAAAUAGUGUAGUCUUAGUGUUAGUGUAGUGCAUUUAGUAAUUGAUCUGGCGAAAAUGUUCUCAAUGGAUACGUUCGAUUUCGAGGCCGUUAUGAGCCGGCAUCUUUUCGAUGGCCCGGCUAUGCACUCGCAACAUCAUCAUCAUCAUCCCAGUCUGCUGCAGACGGCUUACGUAGAUUCUACAACUUCAAAUAGUUCGGACUACUUCCUUGCCGACGAUGAAAAUACCACCGACAGUGAUUCGUUUUGCGGAUUUAAUAGCGACCAGGAAAAUAACGACGAAAUCAAAGAAAUUUAUUCCACACGAUCGUCCAAGUAUCGUCGCCCAAAGUGCGCCUCCCAACAGGCACAACAACGACAGGCAGCGAACCUCCGCGAGCGCCGUCGCAUGCAAAGCAUAAACGAAGCCUUCGAGGGCCUACGAACGCACAUUCCAACCCUUCCAUACGAGAAGCGUCUCAGCAAAGUGGACACGCUGAAGCUUGCCAUCAGCUACAUAUCCUUUCUGGGGGAAAUGCUACGAAAGGAUAAAAACGGCAAUGAACCGGGCACAGUGAAACGGCCACCCGUGAAGGAACCUCCGAAAAAGUUUAUCGUACGAGGUGGCAGCGGCCAGGUUCACUCCCUCUCGUGGCAUCGGAAAGGUGAUCGACACGCUAAUGGUCGCUAUUUCGCACGGAUCUGGCGACCGGAGGAUCCACGAAGCAACCAACGGAACAUCGCAGCUGGCCCGUCGUCAUACUCCAAUGGGUUAGUUUAGGAAAGCCGUCACCCCGAGUUUUAGGAGGCAGCAAGAUAAUGGAUAAUAGUAAAUGGUCCAUUUAUCAUAGAAAUUAAUCGAUGUGCGUGUAACAGUUCUAGUCGUUUCUUUAAUCUCAUUUAUAUGUUGAAAUAUUGUAAAUAAAUUUUCUUUACCGAAAAUGCGCCGCAA